UGGUGACUGAGUAGGGUGCCUAGGAUGUCUCGCUGUGGCCACGCAGUCAGUCAGAUCCGCGCCUUCUCGGUAGGAGGCUAGGGUUUCCUGACGCCAGACUCCUGUUGUCCAAGCGAUUGCGCUCAUCGUACCAGUAAUCGUGACAACCGUCAGUCAUGACUCGACAACCGUCCAAGCGUUGAAAGCGUCGUCACGGAUGGCUUGAAAACCGUUCGAUUACAUCUUGGUUUAUCGGCGUUCUAUUCGCUAUCCAGCUACCCUUUUUCUCUUCUACAAAAUGGCGUCAGACGGCUCGUUCCGCGAUCCGCUUCCGUUCUUUGGCCCAUCCACAAGCAUCCCCGAGCUUACCCGACUCUCGCGCCUCUCCAGCCAAUCGUCUCCCGCCAGCUGUCACUGGAAGCUUUUCGACCGUCAGACUCGCGCUGAGUCGCUCUACCCGCCGGGAGACGAUCGCGGACGGGUAACCGUCUGGUCGCUUAAGAUCUCGCCGUCAGGCAAGCGGCUAGCCGUCAUCUGGGGCUCGACAGUUACCAUUUUGUCGCAUUACGAUGGCUAUUCGGCUCCGGUUGGCAGCUUCAGCAUUCCGUCAGAAUCGAGCAGGCAUAGGGUUACCACUUCCACUCAUGUAACCGCGGAGUGGAGUGACGAUGAGAGGGUUCUGGCUGUGGCUGCUUCACACGCUCUCUGGUUGCUGGACACACAAGGGCUGCUGCUCGGCGAAUUGCAUUCUUCCACAUGGCAGCCUCGGGGAUCCACUAUUGCAGGCUGUAUCCUGCGAUCUGCAACUACCUCAGAAUCUACCAAUGCAGGGAAAUCCCUUAGUUCCAGUGCCUACGACAUUAUCUUGGUCUUAUCCCACCCGCGCCCACGCCUCUGGAGAUCCACAGUCACUCUUCCACUGCCUCCCUCUGCUGAGCACUGGGCGAGUUCAGGAGUUUCUUCAGGGGCCGCUGGGAUCUCCUCAGGGGUUUCUUCAGGUGUUGGUUCAGGAGCUUCAGGUGCUGCUUCAGGGGCUUCAGGUGUUAUUUCAGGAGCUUCUGCACCGCGCCCUGGGCGGGUGAACGCGAGGGGGAGGGCGUAUCUGCUUGGGGGAAGGCAUCAGGGGAGCGUAGUUCGCUCGGACUUUCACCCUGUGCUCAGCCUGCUUGCCGUGGCUGGCAUUUGCCCCUCAGUCGGUAAACCAUCCCCCACGCGCCCGCCCACGUCCCUCCUCCUAUCCAUCUGGCACAUCCCCGACCCCCACCACUCUCUGCUACCGUCUUCCUUCCUCUGCCUCCUCCGCUUCGCCCCUCCCCCCCUCCACCCUCCCCAAAUCAAACCCGGCCGUUCGGGGAAACCAGGCUCUGGUUCUGGCUUAGGGUUUAGCUUGGGGGGAGAGGAGGAGGAGGAAGAAGAUGAGGAGGAGGAGGAAGGAGAGGAGGCGGUAGCAGAGGUGCGAUUCUCCCCUGACGGGGGGUCGCUGGCGGUGGUGCACCACCGGGGGGCGCUCUCCCUCAUGCGGAUGUCGGCUAAGGACUCUGAGCUCAUGCUGCUGCCCAGGAGCGCCGGGAGAGCCGUGGCUGUGCCGGCUGGGGCGGUUUUAGAGGAGGGGGAGGAGCAGGGGCCGGGUGGUGGUGCAUGGGAGGGGAUGGGAGGGGCGCGAUUUAGGGUUUCAGGAGGCUUGGCUGGGGAUUGUGUGAACAGUGUCACAUGGCUCAGUGUAGAUACGAUUGUGGUAUCGCAUCGCUCGGGGAGGGUAGCCAUAGCCACAGUGCACGAUCUACGUAACCUCACCGGCCCGCUCCCGCUCGUUUUCGGCCCCCGGGCCGUCCUCUGCUCGUCCAGUCUCCUCGUGCCACGUGGCAGCAGCAGGCCGGGACUGUAUCUGCUAGGAGCUAUUGUCCUAGAGCCUGUCACACGGGUGAUCUCAGUACCAGAUUGGGCUAGGGGGACUCUGGGAAGUACCCUAGGAACUGGGAAGAUUUCUGAAAAUCAGAAAGGAGGCGUUGGUGAGGGAGGGUUGGAGAGCGGCUGGCGGGUUUCGACUCUUGUGGAGCAGCCGGCGGUGGUCGUGGUGCAGGUGUUAACUGAGGAAGGUAGACUGGGAGACGCGCUUGGGAUAGCACGGGCUGCUGGCUUGCACGUGGACUUGGUGUUUAAGGCUGCUUGGACGAGCAUGGGCGUGGGAAUCGCGGUAGAAGGAGGGGGAGGAGGAGGAGCAGGGGCAGAAGGUGGGAGGUUGUUGGGAGACAGGAGACUCGAUGGUAGGGACGAUGAGAGCAAGGAAGAUAGGAGCCAGGAGGAGAAUGAAGAGGAGGAGAAUAAGGAGGAGGAAGAGGAGGAGGUUAGUGCCAUCACGGACUACUUGUCUCGGGUGUCUGACAUCCCCUGGGUGGUGCGGGAGUGUGUGAGCGUGGUGUGCCGCACUGCCAAGGGCAUGGAGCUGCUGCUUAGCCUGGGACUCAGAGCCACGAGCAGUCUCAAGGAAGAGACGCUUAAAGUAGCUGCUGCUGCUGCUGCUGCUGUGGCAGCAUCAGGUGAUGGAGCAGGAGGAGAAGGGGUUGCAGGGGGGGGAGCAGGAGCAGCAGGAGGGGCAGGAGGAGGAGCAGGAGGAGCAGGGGUUGCAGGGGGAGGAGCAGGAGCAGCAGGAGGGGCAGGAGGAGCAUUGAUUGUAGGGGCAAAACCAGAGACAGGGACACAAGCAGCAGCUUCGGGAGAUACUGUGACAAUGGCGAGUGUGAAGCUAUCAGGGGUCAAGCUGGCUCUUGUUCGAAGCCGGUUGCAUCUUUUGUCCUUUCGUGACCGGCUACAGAGCUACCUCGCCCUCAACAUGGGUCGGUAUGACCCCAAACAGUACCGCAUCUUUCUUCUUCUUCCCCUCCAGUCUGCCGCCCAGCGCUUCGCCUCUGCCGGCCGGAUCUCAGCCCUCCACAUCCUGCUACAACGGCACCCCUUCUCCCUCUCCCCUCACCUCCUCUCCCUCCUCUCCUCCCUCCCAGAAACCCUCCCUCCUCACUCCUACCGAGCCAUACUCCCUGGGGCUUCCCCCACGUCUGUGUCGCGAACCAGAGGGGCAGAUUGGGUGGAAAGACAGGGGGUGCUGGAGAUGAUAGGAGCUGUACCGGCUGUAGCAGCUACAGAUUCAGGUGCAGGGAAGCUUGUUAAAGCUAGAUCCGGAUCGGCUGUAGCCUUCGCUACAGAAGAGGUGGUUUUUCUCUUUCAGGGCUUUCAGUAUCCUUCCAAGCCUGCGGUACAGGCUUGGUACCUCUCCCGAACCAGAGAGAUUGAGGAACGGACGGGCCUGCUGCAGCAUGCACUCGCUCUGCUGGAUCUAGGCUUGGCAGCAGGUUUGGCGGAGGUUCGGAAGGUUAUGGAGGACUAUGCUGAGCUGAACAGAGUGGUUUAUGGGGCGUGCGGGGCAGAUAGUAAGGAGGACGAGGAAGGGAGGGAGGAGGGGUAUGAGGAGGGGAAGGAAGGAGAGGAUGGCAGGAAAGAGCCAGAGGACAAAGAGAGGGGGAAAGGGGAGGGGAAAGAGGAGGAGCGAGAGGAGGGGCAGCAGCAACAAUCUACCCUCACUUCUGUUUCUGCCCCCUCAGUCGCCCUAAAGCGAGCCGAGCUCACACUUUCCAUCUGGCUACAGCUCCCAGUAAUCGAACGGUUCAGAUUCGUUCUCGGGCGGCCCCAGCCCUCAUCCAUCGUCUCACGCCUGCACGAGCGCGCCCUGCCAAUCCUGUUCCGCCACCUGGCGUCCCCACAGGAGGUCUGGAGCCUCCUGGAGAAAUGGCUGAGGGAAGAAAUCGCCCCUGUGAAAGGCAGAAUGGCGGUUUUCUCUUCCGUUGUCGCUGAAAUGGCUAAGGGAAAGCACGGCUGCCUGUCUCUCACAAACUCCACUGUCCCCUCUCCCUCCACUACUCCCCUUCCCUCCUCCUCCACUUCCUCUUCUCCCUCCUCGUCUCCCUCUCCCCCUUUCUCUCUCUCGGACCUCGCCUCCCUCUCCCUCCACUGCCUCCCCCUCUCUGCCUCCACCUCUGAGUGGAGCUCCAUGGCCUUCUUGCUCCGCUCCAUUCUAGACUCUCACAAAACCGCAGCCCUUGCAGAACAGCAAAGCGCUAGAGCCCCCGCUGCUGGUGCAGCUGCUGGUGCUGCUGGGGGGAGGGGCAGGCGUGGGGGAGCUUUGGCCCGAGCCUCCGGCGCAGGCUUGGAGAAGCUAGGUUCGGAGCAGCAGGAGGCGGUGGCGAGUGCGCUGCUAUUGGUGGAGGCAGGAGCUGUGCUUGCCACGUAUGAGCUCCCCACACCCUACGCAUCCCUUGUCCAAUCACGGAGCGACACGUCAGCGGCCCUCCACCUCCUCCGCAGCCUCCUCUCCGCCUUUGCCCGCCGCCAACCGCCCCCGGAGGAUCCUGAUUGGCUGGAUCUCUUCCGCCACGUCAGCACACUGAAACACUCGUCUUUCCUCCCCCUUUCCCCGGACUCCCUCCCCGCGGAAAUGGCUCGAGUGUUGCUGAGGGAAGGGAGGUUCGCUUUGGCCAGGCAGUUUCUGGGCAGUGGGGGUGGUGGGGGGAGAGGGAGGGGGGAGGAUGUGUGGCUGGAAGGGGAUGCGGUGUUGAGUGAGGAUCUGGUGGAGGCUCUCGUGAUUGGGGCAGCAAGAAACUUUUUCUACUCGUCCACGACACUCGAUUCUCCAGAUAUUCACAGCGCGUUCGCCUGUCUGGACAUUCUCCCGCGCAACCCAGCAGCAGCAGCCGAGCGCCGCCUCUUCUCAGCCCUCGUGGUGGACCUCCCCGCCUGCCACCUGCACCUGCUGCCACUGCAGCUGCGCCAAACCCGCGACCGCCUCGAUAUCAUACACCAAGUGCUCAACCUCUCCCCCUUCCCCUCCAUCCCCUCCGUCACCUCCUCCUCCUCCUUCUCCUCCUCCUCACCGUUCACCCCAGUCUUUUCCAUUGAUUUGGCAAGCACAGGUGCGCCUGAGAUCCUCACCCUUGCUUGGAAAUUAGGGCUGACGUCAGCAGCGGAUGAAGGGAGGGUGCUGGAAGCUGUGGCUAGGGCGGCAGCAGCGAGGGCGGAUCUGAGGACGGCCAGACUGGUGGUUCAGGAGCUUAUGGGUCGGAAUUAUGCAGGGAUUUGGGAUCUAUGUGCGGCUUUGGCUAGGGGACCUGCUAGUGGGCAGGUGUUGGAGAGGAUAGACAGGAGUGAAGAUGGGUUGAGCAGUAGUGGCAGCAGUAUGAGUGGGAGUAGCAGUGGUACUAGUCUUAGCGCCAUGAUAGGAGGAGCAGCAGCGUCUGCCACUGAUCUUUCUGCUGAUGUCAGCAUGGAUGAUUCCGCCAGCAGCGCAGCAAGCACUGCUGACGUGGACGCUGCUGCAGAUGCUGACGUGGACGACGGCUCCGAUGACAUCAGCAUGCCGAUCCGGAGGGAGUUUCUAGGGUUUGCUCUGGCCCACUGCGACGAGGCUUCCCUCCCAGACCUCCUAGCCUCGUGGCAAGGCUUGGAUGCCACGGAACGGUGCGUGGCGCUAGGUGCGGCGACAGGCUUGGUAGUCCCGGGCCUGAGGGAGCAGGAGGCUCUUCUCCCGGACCUAGCUGCAGGACGAGCCUCGGGCAAGUGGGAAGGUACAGAAGUGCUGGUAAUUCCCGAAGCUGCUACAGCCGUUGCAGCUGGUGGAAGUGGCAGCAGGGGGAAGGGUGGGAGUUGUGGUAUUGGUGUUGGGAGAAAGCUGGCUAGUUUGGGUGGGGGGCGAGGGGCGAUAGGGAGGGAUGUGGGGCGGAGGGCACUGGCGCUGGUGUCUAGUGAUGGGGAGGCGUGGGGGAUCAGGCAGUGGGAGGAGGUGCCUCGCCUGCUGCUGCCGUUCGCAUGCCUUCACCUGCCGUGGAUGCUCCAGGUAAAAACCCGCCGCGCCGCUGCUGCUGCCGCAGCGGCAGCUGCUUCGUCGUCUGCUGCUGCUAGAACAGGAGCCGCAACAGCAGCAGCAGGUGCAGGAGGGGCAGCAGGAGGGGCAUCAGCAGUGGCGGCAGCAGCAGCGGCUGCUGAUCCGAUAGUUGAGCAGAUCGUGGUGCUGAUUCUCCACGUGCUCGCAUCGUGCCAGGUGUCACCUUCCGAUAAGCUCCUGAUCGAAGCAGCCCGGAGCGCGUUAACCGCGGGAGACAUAGUCUCUGCUGCUGCUGCAUCAGCAGGGUUAGGGGGGACUGCAGCAGGGGUAGGAGGACCAGCAUUAGCAAGAGGAGGGGGAGCAGCAGCAGCAGCAGCAGGAGAAGGAGGGGGCGGAGCAUUAGGGGUAGCAGGGGCAGGGGCAGGGGCAGGAGAGGGGAGGGAGGCCAACCCUACCGCCGCUGUUGCAGCUGCUGAGGUGGCAGCGUGCGAUUCGCUGGCGAUGGCGUUCUUGUUACAGGCUGGGGACGCAGUGAGAGCAGCGGGUGUGAUAGACGCAGAGAUGGCGAAGCGGGAGGGGGCGGAUGCGAAGCGGCGAUUCGUGUUGCUGCUGCUGCAGUUCUCAAGCCUCCAUGCCACGCUCUUCCUGCUGGCUUCUCAGGCCAACGAGGCGGCCUUUGUCGGCUCGCUGCUGCUGCUGCCCCCAGUGCUGCUUGCUGGUGUGGCAGGGGAAGCUUCCAGGAAGGAGGAGCAGCUGGGGGAGACAGGGGCGCUGGGGUCCAGGCCAGCAGUGAAAACCUCUGCCCGAGCCCGCCAGCUGUGCAAGCGGUGGUGUGAGGUGGCGCUGACAAUGCAGGGGCGCCUGCGAGUGGUGGAGGACACGCGGGCGCUGAGCGCGCUGCUGCCCCACGCUGACGUGGCACGCUUCGUGGCGCGUGACGUGGCGUACAUGGAGGCCGCUAUCGCCUCAUUGGUCGACACUGCCAACACGGCCAGCAACACCGGCAGCACCAGUAGUGCUCCCAGGGCUUCCAAUAAUGCUGCUGUGGCCAAUUCUGAUUCACUCGGCCCGAUGCCGCAGGCCCUUGCUUCUGCCCUCUCAUUGGCUGAGCUCUACCAUGUUGACAGCUGGCAGGUUCACCUGACCUAUGUCCGCUCCGUGCUGCUCUCUGAUUGGCCCGAGCAAGAUAUCAUUGCUGAGGUGGAGGCACACAAAUCCGACAUCUGUACUCGCCCCACUGCAGCCUUCUCCUCCCUCUGGUCCUCCGUGCUUCCCCGCCUUCUCACUCAAAUACAGCCAAAACUACACACACAGACAUGCCCCCCCACACUCCCCAUCCUCACUCCCUACCUCCUUCGCCUCCUCUCCCACUGCCUCCACGCCACCCUCUCCCCUUCUCCCCCUUCCUCCUCCUCCCUCAUCCCCUCCCCUCCUCUCUCCCGCCCUCUCGCACUCCCUCUCCCUCCCUCCCCUGUCACCGCACUCAACACCUUCCUAUCAUCAGCACAGAGUGCCUCCUCCCUCGCUCUCAGACUCUCUCUCUUGGCAAACCAGAUUGAGAAGGCAGGGGCGCUUAAGCCCCCCUUGAAUGGGUGGGUCCUUCUGGGGGCGGCUGUUUCUGGUGCAGGGGUAUCUGGAGGGGGAGAAAGUGGGGGCGUUGCUAGUUCUGGCUGUGCAGCUGCAGCAGCGGCAGUGGCAGGAGGGGAUGGUGAAGUUGCUAAGGAGGUGGAGGGAGCGGUUGAGAGGGAGGUAGAGCGGUGCUUUGACGGGUCUUCAGUGCUUGCUGCUGCUGAUGUCAUCGCGACUCUCACUGCCGCUUCAGCAGCAUCACCUAAUGCAGCAGGGCCGGCAGAGGCAGGAGGUUUAGAAGACCCAGCCAUACAAGGCCACUUUGACCAGGGGCACCUGCUGUGGCUCUUUGCUAAGAGCCAGUUGCGACAGGCUGGCGUGCUGGGAGAGAAAAACAGUGCCGGCGGCAUGAAGGAGGGACUAAGCCUAGAGGGGCUCCAGUCUGCUCGGGUAGCCAUGUCUGGGUUCUUGCCUCUGCUUUUGGAGGGCAAGCGGAGGGAGUUUACCGCCCUGCUGCUGCAGGGAUGCGAGCGGCUCAUUCUGCAGAGUGCCUUGAGCGAUUGUGACAGAAAUGGAAAUGAUUCUGGAAGAGGUGGUGCUAUUAGCGGUGGUAAGGGAGGGAGGGAGGGGAGGGUGAGAGGUGGGAGGGAUGGAGGAGCGGUUAAGAGGGGUGUAGAGCUGUGGCUUGAUGUUGUGGGCGAUUGGAUGGGGUGUGGUGGUGGGAGAACGGAGGAGAAGGAAGAGGAGGAGAGAGAGGAGAGGGAGGAGAGGGAGGAGAGUGUGGUUGAGUGUGGGAGGUGCGUUCAGAAGCUGUUGACCAAUGGGGUCGUGACACGUCAGCAAGGCGUGCUGCUGCUGCGGUUCCUCUCUGAUUCGCUGCUGAAUCCAAAGGGGGGGCCUCAGAAUUCAACCUCUGCUGCUUGCUCCUUACCCCAUAUUUUAAUGCGCCAGAUGGUGCUUUUAGGCUGCCCCUUGCUCGCUCUAGUCACUGUAGCACAGGCCACACACGGCCGCGACAGCUGGCGGCUCCCCACUGGUCGAAAAAGCCGAGCCCGGCUUACAGCAGCAGCGAAUGGGGGGGUGAGUGGAGCAGGUAGGAAAGCUGGGAGAGGAGUGGCAGCAGCGUCUGGUGCUGGUUCCAGGAAGCUUCCUGGUGAUGCUGGCAGUGAGACCGGGAGCACGGGCGGCGAACAGGAGGAGUUGGCCAUGAGUGACGUCAGCAGGGCUGAGGGCAGGCGGGGGAGAGAUGAAAGGGAAGAGGAGGAGGAAGGAGGGAAGGUGGAGGAGGAUCCGAUGGAUUUGUUUGCUUCUAUGGGCUUGGUUUCCUCUGCUCCUCGUUCUGCUGCUGCUGCUCCUGCUGCUGGCACUGGUAAGGCAGCAGCUUCCAAGAAGAAACCUCUGGUAGUCUCCAAACCUGCUGGCAAGCUCGGGGCGGUCCGAACCAGAGGUUCGACAGCUCCGGCUGUAGCUCCUGCCGAAUCGGAAGCACAGGCACGGAAGCAGGGGGGCAUGUCACCUGCUGCUUCUGGUUCACAAGCAGGCUCGGGAACAGGUUCGGUCCCUGGCUGGAUGCAUGGCUCGGUGGAAUCACUCCCAGACCUGGCAGCAGGCGCUGUCUUAUCCCCGGUUCCAGGUGGUCGUUCAGGUGAUUUUUCAGGUGCCGUUUCAGGUGCCCUGUCUGUUGCAGUUACAUCUGGGGAGGGCGGGCAGAUGACUAUGGACUUUGCUGCAGGUGCUUCUGGAGACGAAGCCCCAGUCUCCUCCCCACAGCCUCAACCGCUGGCUCCCCCUGCUGCUGCUGCUGCUGCUUCUGCUGCUGCUGAUGCUGAAGCUGCCACUGCUGCUCCAGGUGCUUUCCCCCCUGAAAUCAGCAUUUCUGGGCUUUACUUGUCAGUCUUAAAAGAGAUCACGUGUGGGAAGGGGCAAGAGGGGGAGAGGGGGGCGCAUCAUCCAGACAGGCUUGCUCAGGCAGUCAUAAAAGUGAUUCUCUCGCUGGUAGAACCAAGGGUGGGGGACGCAUGGCAGGUACUGAGAGAGGGAGAACCAAGCGAGGCAGGUGAGAGGGAGGAGGAGGAGAACGGGUGGGGGUUGGGUUCUCUAGAGGAUGAGGGAGAUACUGGGGAAGGUUUUACUGGGGAGGAUGAGGAGGAGGAGAGCACUCGGGAGCAUUUUGCGCUUCUUUUAGCUGCUGUUAGGAGUGUUGUUUGGAGGCAGCUGGUCCGCUUGGGAAGCAAGCAAGGGGAGGGUGCAGGUUCCCACCUGCUAAGUGCCACACUUAGUGCAGCACCUAGAGGGGUGGUGCUGGAUGCAAUGAGGGCUGUGGCUCCAGUUUCGUCUGACCUAUCAGCACCUGCCACGUGGCUCUCAGAGAGAGGGUAUUUCAUAGAUGCUGUAGGGCUGGGGGGGAUGGCGAGGGGUGUGGAUGGGUGCUGGGGAGUGUGGGAGCUGGAAGAGGGGGGAGAGGAGGAGGGGGGAGAGGAAGAGAACAGUGCGGGAGGCCUUGCCAUAGACAGGUGGCGAUGGACUGCCCUGCGGUCACGGGCAAUCGUGCAGUCUGAUUGGCCGGGAGCGGUUGCCGACGUGGCGCCGCUGUUGGAUGACGCAGCAGCGGACGGUAGCUUCGGGAGCAUUGGCUCGGCUGUCGAGUCUUUCAAGCGAGCUUUCUUCAUGCUUGACGUGGGGGCAGGGGAGAGGGGAGCAGGGGAGAGGGGAGCAGGGGAGAGGGGAGCAGACGAGAGGGGAGCAGGGGAGAGGGGAGCAGGGGAGAGGGGGGGAAAUAACAGGGGGCAGGGGGGGAGGGGGACAGGCGCAUUGCAUACUCAGACUCAGCAUCAGCAGCAGCAUCGUCAGCUGUCCCUCUUGGCUCUUCUCGCCCUCUGGGACCCACUUCUUGCUCCUAAAUGGUGCCAUCCCACGGCCACUCCAGGCACUGCUGCUGCUAGUGGGCCCUCCUCCUCUUCUGCUGCUGCUGCCGCAGCUGCUGCGGGGCUGCAUCCGCUGCAUGAUUGCUGGUUCCUCCCACUCCGUCGCUGCACUCUCUCAGUGUCACAAGCUGGCGAUCACAGCAGCAGCAGUGGCAAUCAUGUAGAGGCGGGUGUAGCAGCAGCACGGGCGGACCUUCUCCUGCCGUCACUCCUCCUGGCUGCUCUUGACGCUGCCGCCUUUCUUCCGUCUGGGAAGCGAGCCGCUGGCAGAAUGCUGCUGUCUCGAGACGAAGCAGAGCAGCUCCUAUCAGACACCGCUGCUGCUGGGAGUAGCAGCAGUAGCAGCAGUACCAGGACUUGCAGGAGAGAUGGCAGCAGCAACAGCAAGGGUGGUGGUGGGGGAGGGGAGGAGGUAGGUCCGAGUGCGGCCUCUAGAGCUGCGUUGUUCAUGCUGAAAAUAGCCCUUCUGCUUCCGUACCCCCAGAUUUGGCUGCAAUCAAUGCAGCUGCUUAAAGUGGCUGCUGCUGCUGAGGCUGAUGCUGCCGGUAAGGGGAGAGCCAGAGGAGGGUGGGGCGAAGGGUGGGGGGGAGAUGAGGAGGAGGAGGAAGAGGAUGAGGAAGAGGAGGGAUAUGGUGAUGAGGAAGAUUCGUUCUAUGAUGAGGAUUAUAGUGAUGAUGAUGGGGGGCGGGUGGGAACCCGUCGAAGGAAGGGAGGGCAAAGAGGGAGGGGAGGAAAGGAGCACAGCCCGCCCUUGGAUUAUGGGGCUCUGACACUGCUGCUGGCGGCUGACAUCGUGAGACAGAUGGCGGAUGCUCAUUCGGCGGUGGUUCGGCCGCUGCUGGGAGCCAUGGCUUGUAUUAUCCCCCCUCUGGCUGUCAAGCUGCAGCAGGAGAGAAGAGGGGAGAGAGAAGGAGGGGAGAGGGGGGAGGUGGAUAGAGGGGAGGUGGAGAGAGGGGAGGUGGAGGGGAAGAAGGGAGUGAGAGGGAGUGAGGAGAGGGAGAAAGAAACGAGGCUUGGAAGACGGAUGGGGGAGAGGGAGUGGGAGGAGGAUGAGGAGGAGGAAGAUUUCGGUGCGUGGGGCGGUGGUGGUGGUAGUGGUAGUGGUGCUGCCGGGUUGCAGAAGGGGAGUGAGCAGCAGGGGGGGCAGAGGAAAGGCAUGCUGGGCUCGCUGCUUUCUCAUAUCAGCGCCCUUGCACCUUUGCCUGGUGGGGACGGGGACGGUGACAGUAACGAAGAGGAUGAUGACAAUAACGAGUAUAACAGCAGGAGGUCUGGUGACAGGAGCAGGGGUGAGGGGAACAGCAAGAGAGACCAUGCAGAAGCAGCAGUUGUGAGUGCUGCUGGGAGCAGCACACUCAACAGCAGCACGCUUCCUCCUCCUCUCUACCGUACAGCCUUCCCCCAUUUUGUCGCGUCCCUCACAGCAGCGAGACAGUACGAGCUCGCUGCCCCGCUCGCCCUGCAGUUUCUGGGCAUGCCGACUUUUUCCCGCAACUGGGCAGCUUCUCGGGCAGCCCUGAAGGAAUUUCUGGUGGGUGAGCUGAGGGCUGUGGAGGUGGCAGGAUCUGGGAAGGUGGAACCGGGGCAGGUCGUAACUGGUGUUACAUCUCCAGCAGAUCGAUCGAGAGGGGGAUUGCAGCAAGCUGGGUUUUCAAGAAGUGAUACUAAGGAGAGCGGUGGUGGUGGUUGUGACUAUGGCGAAGGGGAGUUCCCGUAUCUCUCUGGUGCGUUGUUUCACAUUAGUGUCAACCUUCCGGACGUGUUGCUUCUCGGGUUGCAGAUGUUACAGAUUGAUGGUUAGGGGUUCGUUCUCUCUAAUACUCCAUUAUUUCAUGGGUAAAAUGCUAGUGCAGCUAACAGAUUUCCCUGGUCAACGCUUGCGUUCUUUGGUUGACAUCAAACAGAUUUCCCCCUCGCUUUAGAUCAAACAGCAACUGCAGGCAUAAUAAGUUCCGAUGUAAUUG